AUGGCUGCUCCUGCUGACCUCAACGCCAUCCUCGCGGCUCUUGCUGCUGGACGAGGCCCUUCGACUACCCCCUCUCAGCCGCCGCAACAGCCGCCGCCCGCGCAACAAGGCCCCCCUCACGGAAUGCCGCCUGGCUUCCCUGGCGCAAUGCCCGUCGCGUCUUCGCCUGGUAUUCCAGGCUUCAGCUUCCCGCAGCCCACAAACUCAGGCAGCCUCGACCUGAGCGCAAUUAAGCCCGUGAGCUCCGGCUCUGUCAGCAUACAAGAUGCGCUGGCCAAGGCGCGCGGUUUCGCAGCUCAGAAAGGGCUUCACACCUUCGACGCGCGUCCAGGUAUUCCCGAGCCUUGGUCUGGUUACGGUGACCCUUCGCAGACUUACGCAGUGACAGCCCACCAAGAAGAUCCGCGACUGAGCGGACGACCCUACCGGCGUUCUCGCUCGCGCUCGCGUUCACCGCAGCGUCGAGACGCUGCGCGCGAGGGCUACAACCCGUACCGCGACGAGCGCCGUGAUGAGCGACGAGGCGGCGCCUAUGGCCGUGAACGUUCUCGCUCUCCUCCUAGACGUGAAACCUUCUCCCCCUCUCAAGCACAGUAUGGCGGGCAUUCGCGCUCCCCUCCUCCCAGUGACAACUCUGAGGUGAUUCUCAUUGACUCUUCGCUGGUUGGCCUCGUGAUUGGUCGUCAAGGUGAGAGUCUCCGCCGCAUUGAACAAGAAUCACAGACACGCAUUCAGUUCAUCAAUGGUCCUGAGGCGGGGCCGCAGCGUCAAUGCCGUAUUACCGGGAGCCCUUCUGCCCGAAUCAGUGCUAAGCGCGAGAUUAACCGCAUCAUCGAAGAGAAUGGCGGCAAUCCUGCUCGUGAGACGGGUCGCAAUGCGCGGCCCGGCGCAAAGACGGUUGGUCAGCAACAGCCUGCUCUUCGCGAAGGUGAACAGUCGUCCCAAAUCAUGGUGCCUGAUCGUACUGUUGGCCUCAUUAUUGGCCGUGGUGGCGAGACUAUCCGUGACUUGCAAGAGCGCAGCGGCUGCCAUGUCAACAUCGUCGGUGAGAACAAGAGCGUGAACGGUCUUCGCCCUGUAAACCUCAUUGGAAGUCCUACUGCUGCUGCCCACGCCAGAGAGCUCAUCAUGGAGAUUGUGGAUAGUGACACAAAGCAGAUGGAUGCUUCAAACAACCAACAGCCGCAACAACAACAGCAACCGCAGCACAACAAUAGGCGUGACAACUUUGAUCCUUACAGCGGUGGUGCCGGUGCUGGUGCUGGUGGUGCUGGAGGCGGCGGUGGUGCAGGGAAGAUCACCGACACCAUCAUGGUUCCUUCAGAUGCGGUUGGCAUGAUCAUUGGCAAAGGCGGCGAAACCAUCAAGUCAAUGCAGUCCGAUACUGGCUGUAAGAUCAACGUUUCUCAGGCAUCCGGCGCCGAUAUUGAACGUGAAAUCGGCCUCAUUGGAACUCGCCAAGCUAUCGAAGAUGCGAAGCGAGCCAUCUGGGAGAAGGUGGAUCAAGUGAAGGAGAAGAAUAACACGCGACGACGUGACAAUGGCAAUCAGAACGAUAACUACUCACAGCAGCAAGCUCCAUCCUACGGACAGAACGCUCCACCAGCACAGGCUCCUGCGGCAGCUGCCCCAGCUGCAGCUGGUCAAGCUGCAGACCCAUACGCCGUCUACGGUGGCUACCAGAACUAUCUGGCGAUGUGGUAUGCGUCGAUUGCCCAACAACAACAGCAAGGAGGCCAAGGACCACCCGGUGCCUAA